UGAUUCCAUUCCCAACCUGUAUAGGUUAAAGGUACCUUAAAGCCCGUAUCAGCUACGCAUUGAAAAUUGAAGAUUAAAAAUUAAAGAUUCGAAUUUGACUAAUUAGAAUAAAAAGGAACUACAGAUUUCUUUACCCUGAUUAGUCAAAUUUCAAUCUUUGAGCUCAAUCUUCGAUUUCAAUCCUCAAUGCGAAGUCGUUUCUGCUACAGGCUUUAUCCUUUACCUUCGUAUUGUUAGAGCUGAAAGCAAAUAUCGGAGCAGUCCUAAUUGGAAGUUGGAAGUGUGGUUGGAACGUUGAAAGUAUUCUCUAAAAAAGGAAAAAACAAACUAAAAAGAAAAGUGAAACAUUUUUUGGAAUAUUUUAUUUGCACGAGAUUAAGAGAUUUGCUAAUAUUUUAUGAUGUAAUUAUAAAAUAAGAUAGAAUUGAGAGGAAACAUGAAUGGUCAUAUUGCACCAAGCAAAUCUACUGUUUAUGUGUCAAAUUUACCGUUUUCCUUAACCAACAAUGAUGUACAUCAGCUGUUGGAUGGUUAUGGGAAAAUUGUCAAAGUAACGAUAUUGAAAGACAAGGUAACGCGACGUAGCCGUGGUGUCGCCUUUGUGUUAUUUCUUAAAACGGAAGAUGCUAUAUCCUGCGCGAAAGCCCUAAAUAACAAAGAGAUACUCGGUCGUACUGUGAAAAGUUCCAUUGCAGUUGACAAUGGUCGCAGCACUGAAUUUAUACGUCGCAGAGAUUAUCCGGAUAAAUCCCAGUGCUACGAAUGUGGAAAAGAAGGACAUUUAUCCUAUUGCUGCAGCAACAAUGUGUUAGGUCCCAGAAAACUACCACCAAAAAGAAUCAGGGUACGAAAAAAGAAUAUGAAGCAAGAGAAAUGUGAUACAAGUUACCUCGAUACUGAUGAUAGUGAUGAAGCAACGAGAAGACCAAAGCGAAACACUUAUGACAUCGACGAUGUCGAUGACGAUACAGAAGAAGAGCCUGAAACACUAAGCACUGUCAUUGCAUUUGAGCAAAGACUUUUUGAAUUGGAACAUAGUCAAACAACAGACAAAUGUAAUAAAAAAGAAAAUUUGUCUGUACCAAAAAAACGUUAUAAAAAGCAUCACUAUUUUAGCGACGAAGAAUAUAUUAUCUGCUACGGAUUCGAACGCGAUCAUAUCAGAGAGAAGCCUGAAGAUGCGAAUUCAUGAGAACGCUUGUUUAGCGUUGUAUGUGGUCACGUGACCGACUUGACGCUAGCCGCGCUAGCGUCAAGAAAGAAAUUGGAUUUUCUCAAUUUCAGCGUCAAGCGUCAAGCCAGUAUUGACGCUAUAAAGUGACUCUUUUCAUGCGUUUUUCACA